AUGUAUGUGCAAUUCGUUCUACGCUUUUACACAAUACUUUUCAUCAAACUAAUAGCAAGAGUUAACACGCAGGUCUGCAAACCACAGGACUGUGUCGUGAGCGCGUGGAGCUCGUGGUCCGACUGCAGCCGCACGUGCGGAGCAGACGGCACGCGCCAAAGAAGUCGUCUAGUUUUCAUCGACGCGGCGUGUGGCGGGAAAUGCCCGUACACGCUGUCGGAAAAGGAUUCGUGCAACGUGCAGUGUUGUCCAGUCGACUGCCAGUACACGUCGUGGACGAAUUGGGGUCUUUGUUACUGUACGAACGAGGGAUGCACGGGUGAGGGAGUUCGUUACAACUGCAGACGCUCGCGGGUGAAGACUUCCAACGCCACCUGCGGGGGAUACUGCGAUGAUACAAGUGUGGAACAGGCGUGCGGUCAUCUCUGCUGCUACCAGGACUGCGUGGUGGGGCAAUGGAGCACGUGGAGCUCAUGCUCUGCGCCCUGCGAGCAGAAAGGGACGCGCUUUCGGGUGCGACCUGUAGUCCAGCCCUCCCAGUGUGAGGGGAAGGCCUGCGGAAGCGUCUUUGAAGAAGACUCUUGCACGGGCGGAUGCUGUCCCGUGCAUUGCGUGCUCGGUGCCUGGAGCGAGUGGGGAACGUUUUUGUACAGCCGCCAUCUUGCGGAGGAACUAUUUGCCCCGAAGAUCCAGUGGACACACAAAAUAGGACGUGCUCCCACUACAACAAUGUCAACUGUAUCUGCCUGGUCCGUGUGGAGCGACUGUGUACUUGACAACGGUUACUGUGGUAACGGACAGCGCAGACGCUCCCGAUCCACAGUGACCGCCCCGGUUUGUCAAGGUGAGCCGUGCGGCAACCUUACCGAGACUGGCGCGUGCUUCGGGCCGUGCUGCCGACGGGACUGCCAGGUUACGUCAUGGGGCGCGUGGAGUCACUGCUCGUCGUCUUGUGGUCAGGGCGUCAGCAACAGGACGCGCGCAGUACUCGUGUCUCCAGAGUGCGGCGGAAGUCUGUGCCCAAUGCUGCUCGAUUCAACGGACUGCUACGUAACGCACGUGACCGACUGCGCGUUCACCGACUGGAGCAUGUGGACCGCAUGCAGCACGGACUGCGGAGUGGGCGUGGUCACCAGGUUACGUGUCAUGACGACGCCCGCCUACUGCGGUGGCGCGUGCGAGAGCGCGAUCACGCGAGAGGAGAGCGCCUGCGAGUCCUACACAGCCAAACAGAACUGCGAGGUGUCUCCAUGGACUGCAUGGGGUGAGUGUUUGCGGGACUGUGACAAGGGAAGGCAGGCCCGAAACCGGACCCUUCUGGUGAAUCCUAUCUGCGGGGGCACGCCCUGCCCGGAUAUCAUGGGUGUGGCCUUCAACCGGACCUGUGCGCCCUCAUGCGGCCUGGUGGACUGGAAACUCGCAGGGGAGGUAACCGACAUCCGGUGUCAACAGAACGGCACGUGGAGUAAACCGCUCAUGUACUGCGUGAGACCCAACAAGCCGCCCAACGGGAUCGCGAUUGAUAAAACGACGUUAGAAGAGAACACGCCGACGGAUUACUGUUUCGCCUUCCUGUCGGCUGUCACCGCAGACGAUGAACGAUACGAACGUCACACGUUUUCGAUCGUGUCUGACCCCACCGACCGCUUCUACAUCCGGGACAACAAGGUCUGCCUCAAGCGUCACACUGACUACGAAGAAGCACCGAACGGAUGGAGCGUUCUGUUCCGAUGUACUGACAUGGAGGGGCUGAAGGCAGAGAAGGCAUUCACAUUCAAUAUUCUCAAUAAGAACGAACCACCGGUCUCCGUUAAGUUGGAGCCCAACCACAUCCCCGAGAACUCUGCCCCGGGCACAGUGGUUGGCUGUCUACACGGCGUCGACGAUGACCCGACCCAUAAGGUCAACUUCUUGCUGGUCAGCUCAGAAAUGGCGUUCAAGUUGUUCCCGGAUGGCAAUAGGACAUGUGUCAAGUACGAUCUGGAACACUCCGAUCCCCGGUGCGCUUCCGAGGGUGGGACGCAUUGCGCGCUUAAUCUCGAGAGGAAUGCCGUGCACAACAUCACGGUUAUGGCGUCGGAUGGCGGUACACCGCCACUGUCAGCCUACUUUGACGUCCACAUUUACCUUACUGACGCUAAUGACAUGCAGACUGGCGUCACUGUUAGCCCAGAGGAGAUCCCCGAAGAAGUAACACCCGGCACACAGCUUCUGAAGAUGAUUACUAUCGACGAAGACGUCAACCAGACGUAUGUCUACAAGCUGUUGGACGAUAUGUCAGGACUAUUCAGUCUAAAAGGGGACAUAUUGACUGCCAAUCGAACAUUUGAUUAUGAAACUGAGAGCUCUGCAGUGUUUACGAUUACAGUAGAGUCGACCGACAUUUCUGAACCUAGAUUUAAGGUAUCGUCUCAAAUCACGCUGAAAGUUGGGAAUGUCAAUGAAGCCCCGCGUGAAAUGCAAAUGACAGCGCUGAAUGGGAUACAUCAGUUUCCUAACAACCAACCAAUUGUGUUUGAGAACGCAAUCGGUGUUUUGGGAACAUUGUCGGCAAUGGACAUUGACAUGGGUGAUAAUCUGAAGCUUGAAAUAUUCGCUGAUGCUGAUGUGUCAGCACACAUAGCCCUUGGUCGACAAAACUGCGUUACGCUAAUGGAAUUAGACGUUUACUGUACUGUUCCAAUACAAAUAACUAAGCAGUUUGACUUUGAAAAGAUGCAGUCGUUUACAUUAAACGCUUCAGCGUCGGAUAAGUCCGGUCUCCAGGUCAAACGUGCUUUCACUGUCAACGUUGUAGACGUCAACGACGUUCCCACGGCAUUGACGAUAGGUAAUAAAACAACGAACGCUGUUAACGUGACGGAGAACUCCCGGGACGCUGUCGUUGGUGAUCUCGGAGUUGUAGAUGACGACAAACAGGACACCCACGUGUUUGAGUUGAGCCAAGCAUCUGCUGGACAAUUUAUUAUCAUCGGAAAUAAAUUAAAGAUACUAAGUACCGCGAGGAUCGACUUUGAACUUGUCAACCGAUACGAUGUGUUUGUCCGGAUUACCGAUAAUGCGGUCCCAGAACAGAUGGUAGUUUUUCCGUUGGUAAUUUAUGUGGUAGAUGUAAAUGAAAAGCCGUCGACGACUUCGAUUACAAAUACUGUGAUUGAGGAGAAUAGUCCGGAAGGCACUCUUGUCGGCGAGUUGAGCACUGAAGACCCAGACAAUGUCAAGGACACAAAACAAACAUUCACGUAUACCUUACCUGAUGAUGCCCGUGGGCGGUUUAAAAUCGAUGGAAAUAAGCUGCUGGUGAAAGAAUCCGCGUUUAUAUGCGGUACAAGCGCGUGUAAGCUGGACUACGAACAAGAUCGAUUUUUGACAGUUACCGUACUCACACUUGACAGCGGAUUUCCGAGGCAACAGAGGACUGACGUCUUCACUAUCCUGCUUCUGGACGUUAAUGAUCCGCCAACAAAUAUUAAGUUGGACCUGGAUGUGAUAAAGGAAAACCAGCCUGUUGGGACAGUUGACAUUUUGAUAGAUGACAAAAACUUAGACAAACUUCACAUUCCUGAAAACACAAAGAACUUAGCUGUUGGAUCUUUGAAGGCCGUUGAUAAGGACGCUGGGCAGAAUUACACCUUUGCUAUCGAGCAUUCAUCUGCAUUGGUUAAUGGCUAUUUUAAUGUAACGAAAAACGUGUUAUGGGUGACACAGGUGGCAAACUUAAACUACGAAGCCCGUUUAGAAAACUUAACGAUUACCUUGGUUGUGACAGAUGAUGGCUGGCCAUCCUCGACGUAUUCUAAGAUAUUUACAAUAAUCGUUGACGAUGUAAAUGAGCCGGCUACGAGUCUGUCAAUAAAUGCGACUUCGGUAAAUGAAAAUAGUCCAAAAGGGACUGUGGUUGCAUCUUUGUCUACGGUAGAUGAAGAUAUGCAGCAGACACAUUCUUACAGGACAGUCGGGGAUGAAACAUUUAUAACAGAUGGGAACAAGUUACUGGUAAGAGGCAUUCUUGAUUUUGAAGCCAAAAGCCAAUAUUUGCUAAAUGUGGAAGUAACAGAUAACGGAUCACCGCCCAGCUCAGCGAUAUUAAGUCUUACACUUUUAGUGAAUGACUUGAACGAAGCACCAAGGACUAUUUCAAUAUCUGGAAAUAGAAUUAUCCGAAAUUCAGCUGCUGGAACGCUUAUUGGAACACUAUCUGUUGAUGACAAAGAUACUAACCAAACACACACGUUUCAAAUGACCCACCCAAACAGUGUGGUCAAUGUGUCAAAUCAUGGACAAGUGACACUGCUCGGUGAUUCUAUCAUCUCGAUUGGUGAUGUUAUUAAUAUUUCUGUGGUGGCGUCAGACGAUGGAAUACCUCCACUUUCGAUACAGAAAAACAUUACGUUGAAUGUGGUCGGGAAAGACAUUAUUCAAUUAAGAAUAACAUCUGAAAAUGCAAAUCGACCAUUUGAAGAAAAUAAAAUUGAACUUGAUGAAAAUGUGGAAACGGGAACGAAGGUUGCAUAUGUAAUUCUUUCAUUGAAUGGAAACAACAGAGAUAUGAAGCUUAAAGUACUUCAUGGUGCUGAGGUCUUUGGAAUCGCAAACUUUUUAUGCAACCAGGUUAAUACUGUUACUACAUGCACGUGUGACAUUGUGAGCGUUGGUGAUAUUAACUACGAACGGAGGCCGUUCAUCGAUUUGGAACUAGAAACCCUCUUAGAUGGACAACGGAACGGGGUCAUUACAAUCCGAGCAACUGUCUUCGACAAAAACGAUCCACCAACUGCUCUUAGAUUUAGUUCCGAUGAAAUAAAUGUCAGAGAGAACUCGCAAGAUGAAUUUCUUGGAAAAUUUGUUUGCAACGACGAGGACGAUGUCGACACUCACGUGUUCACAAUUACUGGAAGUAGUCAGUUUAUCGUCGAAAGUGGCGGAGUUUUAAAGUCGACAAAAGAUUCAAAAAUUGAUUUUGAAACGGGUUCAGAGUUCACGAUUAACGUACUGGUUGCUGAUUCUGCAAAUUCUACCAUUUCUAAAGAUUUUACCAUAAAUGUCAUUGAUCAAAACGAGUUACCAGCACAACUAACAAUAUCCAACAACAAGGUGGAUGAAAUGAGUGCAUACAAUACAACUAUCGGGAAACUCACUGCGGUAGAUGUGGAUGUUGCAAAGAAUCACUCUUUUGAAUUACUGGAUGGUUUUGAUGCUUUUGCUAUCGACGGAGAUUUGUUAAAAGUGAGGAGCAACUGUUCAUCAACUCAAGGUUGUAAAAUAGAUUACGAAACAAGGAAUCGUUACAAUCUUCCGAUUAAAGUCGUUGACAAUGGAACCCCAUUGCUGGAAAAGAUUUUUGUUUUGGACGUUGAUGUCGUUGACGUAAAUGAUCCGCCUAAGGAAAUAAUCCUCAGCUCGUAUAUUGCUGAGGAGAAUGUAAAGACGGGCUACCAACUCGCAUCGAUAGUUGGAAUAGAUGUAGGACGCUGGACAAACUCUUACAUUUACCACGAACUCAAGCCGAUUUUAAAAUUGUUGCAAUGGACUUGUUACUGCAGUCCCACUACGACCAACCGAAUGUGGACAGAGAAUCUUCCGGCGCUCACCUCCAUUGGGCGUGUUAUUGCUACUGACGAGGACAAUGAAGACACUGUCGACUUUGUUGUUUUGACGAACGAUGUUGUGAUAAAAAACCAACAGUGUAUACCUACUACGAAGGGAGUACGAUGUUCCGGUGAUCUUCGUGCAGGGGUCGCAUACGAUUUUGAAGAAAUGUCACAAAUAAGUUUUGAAUUAAUUGCAACUGAUUCCAAAGGCGUUCAGUUACGAAAGAAUAUAACAUUAAUGAUUGUUGACGCUAACGAUAUUCCAACAGCUUUAUUACUGAACAACAAAAAUUCUUCAGCUGUAACUGUUCAAGAGAACACACGAGACCAAACGCUUGGGGUCCUUUCAGUUACUGACAGAGAUAAAGGGCAGUCGUAUAUUUUCACAAUAGUUGAAGGGUAUUCAGCGUUUUACGUUUCGGGAAACGAACUACGGGUAACUAGUGCUGCGAACCUGGAUUUUGAGGAGCAAUCUUUUUAUACAAUCUAUGUGAACGUAACCGAUAACGGUGUACCAACGCAAACCUUUCAACAGCGAUAUGAAAUUAGAAUAUCUGAUGUAAAUGAAGCGCCAACUGGCUUGCAUCUGAACAUCAGCGAGGUUCCAGAAAACACCAAGCCGAACCAUUGUAUUGGCGAGUUCAUGGUUACCGAUCCUGACAACAAAUUUACGAAACAGCAGGCGUUUACGUUUAAACUACUUGAUGCCAAUGUCAGUCAAUUCUAUAUUGAAAGCAAUCUUUUAAAGACUGGACAGUCGUCAUUGGAUUUUGAAAAACAGCACACAUACACCGUACCUGUCCUCGUUGUUGACAAUGGCGUACCACCACUCUCGUCGACGUUUACAGUUUCAGUCUACGUCAAGGACGUUAAUGAACCACCUGAACAAUUGCGUUUUACAGGCACUGCUGUAAAAGAGAACACACCUGUGGGAACUGUAAUUGGCAAGGUAUCCGCACGAGAUUCUGAUGUCGGCCAGACUCUGUUGUUCUCAACAAAUGAUGCCAGCACAUUGUCUGUAAACGGCACUGAUAUAAUUGUCAACGGGAAUAUAGAUUUCGAGUCAAAAGCAAUGAUAUCGUUUACAAUUUCUGCUACGGAUAAUGGAAGUCCACCUCUAUCAGUAUCGGAAAAUUACUCUUUGGUUGUGUUGGAUGUAAAUGAAAGGCCAAGCGCAAUAACGUUGAUAGAUCUACCGAUUUUACUUGAAAAUACUACAAUUGGGUCUGCCGUCUGUCGUCUGAAUAUAGCUGAUGAAGAUGUCAACGAACGUUUAGGCUUGGAAAUAACCACUGGAAUGGAUGUGUUCAAGAUUCAAGGAUUGAAUUGCAGCAUGAGCCCUUUGCGUUCUAUUAGAACUGGAUCAAUGAUUAACGGAACACUUUGUACAGCAAGCAUACUAUUAAACAAGAAACUUGACUAUGAAACAUCAAAAAGUCCAAUUGUGCUGCGCACAAAGGCAUCAGACAAAGGGUCGCUCUUUGCAACGGGGGAAUUCAAGUUCACACUAAUGAAUUCCAACGAACCACCAUAUGACAUCAUUCUUGAUACGGCAGUUAAAGAAGUCCCUGAAAACACCCCAAAUUUCGUCAUAGGAACUUUUGUAACCAAGGACGAAGAUGUUGGAGACAAGCACAAAUAUCAAAUACUGACGAAUUGGGAAUUCUUCACGACGGUGGGAAAUAAACUGAUCGUAAAAGCCGGCUUAGACUACGAAACCAAACGAAGUUACAAUGUCACUGUCCGAUCGACGGACAGUGGAGAAAUACCAUUAUCUUUGACAAAAACAUUUACAAUAGAAGUAAAAGAUUUGAAUGAAAAACCAAGCAACAUUGUUUUAACAAGUUCAGAGCUUCAACGCGAUGCUGUUCCAGGAAGUAUCGUUAACAUCGUCACGGUUGAAGACCCAGACAAUUUGAAACGUCCAGGUUUUCAAACGCAUAACUGUACACUCACUCCGUCCGAUGUACUGGCUAUUGCUCAAGGUGAAAUGACCAUUAAGGUCAGAAGCACUAUUCCCAAAGAGGCGUCAUCACUUGUUGUAACUAUCACGUGUACAGAUACUGGAGUACCUUCCAUGUAUAUAAACCAAACAUUGACUAAACGCAUUGUUGACAGGGUAAAACCUCCAAAGAAUCUGUUAUUUACCAGCAAAAACGGUGGGCAUGACAUCACAGUGGAUGAAAAUGCACCGACUAUUGAUCUAGGACAACUCUCUGUUAUAAAUCAACUCACCAAAGAAGUUAUAGACGGGGUAUACACUUUUGCACUGGAGGAAGCGUCGAAAGAUUACCUUAGUUUGACAGAAAGGACUCUACGAUUGACAAAGCCUCUGGAUUUUGAAACUCAGUCUACCAAGUCCUUCCGUGUUAAUGUAAAUGGAUCAGACACGUUUGGCGACGCAGUUAAUAUCACCCACAUAUUUACGAUAAACGUUGUAGAUAUAAAUGAAGCACCAUUUGGUAUCGAUUUGCGAGGGAAGCUGAGUGUGAAAGAAAACUCUCCCGAGGGUGCGGUAGUCGGCACGCUUUUUACGCACGACUCGGAGGAUUACCAGACAUAUACAUACACGAUCUUAGGAGUGCAGUAUGGGAUUGCUGCAAACGAAACCGACACAGUGAUGAUCGAUGCUUUUAAAAUCGAAGGCAAUAUGUUGAAAGUUGGCGCGUCACGCUACUUGGACUACGAACAAUCGCCUGUGGUUGCGGUCUACAUGGAGACUGUUGACUCCGGAGAACCUCCAUUGACGUAUAGAAGUGUGGUCCUACUUCGCAUCGACAACGAUAACGAUCCACCGACUGAAAUAAGGCUUUCACACAAUGAAGUUACUGAGAACAGUAAAACUGGCACGUUUGUGGGAGAACUUAUUGUAAAUGAUGAGGAUAUCGAUCAGCAACAGGCCUGCGAAAUAGUGAACGUUGUCGACGUACCGUUUCGUGUUGUGGAGUCCACCAAAUUGGUGGUUGCUGGAACAAUUGACUACGAAAUGCAUAACUCGCUAAACAUGGAGGUGAAAUGCGGAGACAUUAUCCUUGAUGGCACACACCUGCAUUUCACAAAGACUUUAGCAGUUUUAGUGUUGAAUGUCAACGAACCGCCAGAAAAUAUUUCUCUGUCAAAUGCUGCAAUUGACGAGGGUAAUACUGUGGGUCAGUUGAUUGGAGAAAUAACGGCUACUGAUUUGGAUAGUGCAAAUCUGACGUUCACAAUUGUCCAAGACAAUAUUGGAACUCCAUUCCAAAUAAAAGGAACGUCUACGCUUAUUGCCAACAUGGUAUUUGAUUUUGAAACAAAAGCAAGCUACAAUAUUAGCAUCACAGUGACUGACGAGCAGGGGUUUUUUAAUACAAGGAGGUUUGAAAUUAUGGUUCGCGAUAUUAAUGAACCACCCACGGCCAUUCAUCUAGACAAAAAUACCAUAUCAGAAAAUACGCAAACAGGGGCACUAAUUGGAACAUUCACAACAGAAGACUCUGAUAUUGGACAAAAAUUUGUUUAUACGCUCGACGGCCAGACACACAUGAAUGGCCUACUUGAAAUCAGAGGAUCAAAGUUGUAUGUUGGAAGCAAACAACUAGACUUCGAAACUAAACCUGAAAUUCCAAUAACCGUGAUAUCAACGGACAACGGGAUCCCUUCAAAGUUCAGAGCGGCAAACUUUUCAAUAGUAGUUACGGACGCAAAUGAUCCGCCGGCGGAAAUAAUUGUUCAUCAGUUUGGAACGAUUCCUGAGGACACAGCCAUUCAAACUGCCAUCGUCACUCUUGAAAUAGAUGACCCUGAUUCAGGUCAGAAACACUCAUGUUUCUUGAAGGAUGGCAACAAUUUCUUAACGGUCAAUAUUCGCCUUGAUGGUAAAGUCGAUCUUAUUUUGACAUCAGAGUUGGACUUUGAGACGCUCGAUAACUUGAAGGUAUCCAUCGUGUGCACAGAUGGCGAGUUCGAAAUAGAAAAGGGCAUCAGCUUAAUAGUUAAGGACGUCAACGAGUCACCCAGUGCUGUCACACUGGCUGGAUCCCACACGGUCCUGGCGAGCGCAAAGGUCGGCACUGGCAUCGGACAGCUGAGUGCAACCGAUCCUGACCUUGGACAAGUGCACACCUUUAGAAUUAGUGGACCAAAUGCAGAUAUUUUAAAGAUCAACGAGAACAACGAAUUACAGCUCGCAGCCCCAAUACCGAACUUCAUUCUGACGUCGUUUGACCCGACGCUCAAGUUUAACAUCGAGGUAGCUGACAAUGGAAACCCCGUUCUUACGUUCAAUCAAACGUUUACUGUGACGCUAACGGACGUGGAGAUUGUGAAGGCCGGUCUUCCCCAACUUGCAUUCUCUAAAAUAGACUUGUUCAGCAAUAUGACUAAAGGUUUUGAGAUAGGACGGUUGAUCCGCGAGGGUGUAGAUAUGGAGGAUAUGGUUAUAACAAUAACACAGAACUUCGAAGACUUGUUCACAAUUCGAGAUAGCAGCAUGCUGCUGCUGGCAAAUGACAUAGAAUCCAUCAAUAUGACAAGAGGCAGCGUUACGGUUCAAAUCCUUGAUACUGACUCUAUGGAAAGCGCAUUACAUCAAAUAAAGGUCGAAAAUCACAACAUGAAAUGCGAAUGUAAAGCAGGAAUGGUGUGUGUGGCAAAUCGAAAUUCAGCUGAAAACGUAUGUAGAUGCGAGGAUGAUUAUGACGAGGUUGAAGGAAGAUGCAUUCAGGUGAAUGACUGUCUGAACGCGACGUGCGUGAACGGUGGAACAUGCAUCGAUGACAUCAGAUCGUACAUCUGCAGGUGCAUGAAAGGGUAUAAAGGCCAGAACUGUGAGAUCAAGGAAAACGCCACCUCUUCAUGCGUUCCAAAUCCAUGCCUUCACGGGAUAUGUGUACCAGACAACGAAAACUACAAAUGCGCAUGCUCGCCAGGGUGGACUGGAAAGAACUGUUCCGAUGAUAUUGACGAAUGUAUCAUGGCCACGUGCUAUAAUGGAGGGACAUGUCAAGAUAGGUUGGAAACAUAUGUCUGUGAAUGUCCCACCGACUGGGAAGGCGUACACUGCCACUUAGUCGCUGGGCUUUGCAAAAAUCGAAACUGCAACACCACUCAUGUUUGCGUUGCUGCAGCAUUCGAACGAUCGCCGAUAUGCGUAGACGAAGAAAAACAUCUGAUACAAUUGUCGUAUGAUAAUACUGCGGGAGUUCCUAUUGAAACAUUUCAGGCGCGAUUGCUUGACUUCAUACUACAUCAUGGUCGUUUACCCGUUUUAACAAACCUGAACCAAAGGACAAGACGCCAAGAGCAGACUAUUGGAGAGGUGCAGGUUUUUGUUGUCAGUGCCGUUGAGCAAGGCGACAAAUUCGUAUUCGAAAUCGUCGUGCUGAAAAACCCUUCUGACGUAUUUACCAAGGAUGCCGUGUUGACAAUACUUGCAGUCACGUGUCGUGAUAUAAAUUCGAGAGACUUGAAAGAGGAGGUAUUUUGUCCGGCAAUAAUGGACGCGGCUUCUCCUGCGAAACAAAACGCACAAGAGAGUUCGUCGUCAAUCGGAGUAAUCGUCGGUGUUACAGUGGCAAUUCUAGUUGUCGUCGCUGCGGUCAUAGUCGCUGUGGUCAUAUGGAAAAAGAAAGCGAACAACGUCAAGCCACAAGAUUCUGAAGGGUCGUUAAGCUCGAAGAAUGGUUACGCGGCUAUGCCACCGGCGGAGGACUCUGACGUGGAUUCCAACACGGACCAGAAUCACUCAAACGGAGUGACCGAAACUCACGCGAGAGACGAGUCAAGAACCAUAUUAGUGAAACCUGUAGAUGGCAAUCAGCCUACGGAUCAUGGCGGCGGAAGGCAAAAUCGGUCCCAUGCGCUGAACAUGCCUGCCGACGAUUUAUCCGCCGGGAGUGUGUCGGAUCAUGCUAAAUUAGUGAAGAAGAGUCCUGGAAAGGAAUUGACUCCUGUAACAAUCUCUUAAGAUUGCAAUGUUUAUGUAUAGCUAACAUGUAACUAAAAAUUAGUAUGCUAUUUUCAGUGUGUAUUCAUAAUGCAAUUUAAAUUUACUCAAACACGAGUGUUUACUUGUGAUUAUGAACACUAUUCAAGGCUAGGAGUGUGAACUUAACUUUGCCCAUGGCAUUUACUAGUAUCAGAAAGUUGUCAUGCAUAACCAAUAAAGAAGUGAAGUGGUCAA